CGGGACUACUCUCUCACUCUCAACUCGAUCUUACGCUGUCACUCUCAACUUCCAUCUCUUAACCCUGGAAGAACUCAGAUCUCCGCCGUCACCAAUACCGUCCUCGCUGCGCCAUUAGCCUCUGUUCUGCCUCGUCUCCUCCUCAUUACUAGGGUCGCCCUCCUCGCCAAUCUCCUCUGCAUUGUCAGUGUCGUCUUCUCUAUUCUCCUUCCUUGUAGUUUCGCCUUCCUUGCCACCAUGCCUUCCUUGUAACUUUUCUGGAAACAACAAAAAAAAGUAGUAAGGAGUACCAAAAAGGGAGGUAGAUCAAAGAACGUUGACAGGUUCAAACUUGAAAGGAGUUGGAUCCGAAACCCAAGCACCCCCCAAAACCGAAGAAGCAACCCUAACCACGCUUCCAUCGCAUCGCAUCGCACUAACCACGCUCUCUCUCUCUCUCUGCUCCCAACGCUAACUGCAAUGGCUGACGAUGAACCCGUUAAUCGAAAGAGAUAUCUCGAAGACUCUUGCAAACCAAAGUGUGUUAAACCAUUACUUGAAUAUCAGUUAUGUAGUGGAAUUGACAAGAAUGCUGUGGGGGCUUGUUCUGGGCUCAUAUUUGUUCCUAUUGAUGAAAUGUUCCCAGAUGAUGCUCCAUUGUUCCCUUCCGAUUUCCGCAUUAUCCCGUUGGAUUCAAAACCAGGUGAUAAAAAAGAUUCAGUGACAGCAAGUCAAACCCUGGAUUUGACAUCUGGUUUUGAAGUUGGCCCAACAACAAAUGGUGCACGCGAUGCGGUAUCAUGUCAUAGUGCUCGGUCGGUGUUGACUAUUGCCUUCCAGUUUCUUUUUUACAGUAGUCUGCAGGAUAAUGUUGCUGUCAUGGCAAGCCAGUACAUCUGUAGUGUGAUUUUCUCUGUACAGAGGAUUGCCAUGGCAGUUUCUCCAUCUGGUAUAAACCCGGCAGUUGGCUCAAAACUCUCUCCUGGUUCUUGAGACGCUCUUAUACUAGCCAACUGGAUCUGCUGUA